AUGCAUGCUCUGCAUCUCCUUGGGAGGGCUCUCUGCUCUCGAGCAGUUGUAUCAGGGAAUAUCUCUGACCUUGACGAAGGUCUGGAAUUUUUACACGCUGCAUUAGUCGUGGCCACUUCAUUAUCGAAUAACUUGAUACUCUUGGAUAUUGCGGGCGCCCUCCAUGCUCGAUGGGACCUCACUGGUAUUCUAGACGAUCUGCAGACUUCCAUCAAUACACGCAGGCUCAUUACCACCCACAUGUAUACAGGCACCCCACUACGCGUUCAAAUCACUAUCAUUCGAGAUCUAUCCACUGCGCUCUUUCUGCGCUUUACACACUUUCCACGUCUCGUCGACUUGCACGAGUCCAUCGCACUCAUUGAACAGGCUCUGACUCUUUCCACUGGUUUGAACGAUCAGGCAGAGAUGUUCGAGGAUCUUUGUACGUUGGCGCAGACACUUCUCGUCAGAUGGGACUAUGACGGGGAUAUGAGCGGUGUGGAGCGAGCUACUUCCUUAUAUCGAAAAGCGGUCACUAUUGCGCCUUCCCUCGCGCAGCCACUCGAUCAUGCGCUCGCUCUCAAUGCCCUCUCUGAAGCUAUUCAGGGAAAACUGUUUCUCCCCAUCGAGGAUCUGGAGGAAUGUAUCGCUCUCGAUCAUCAGGCUCUCACAAUGGUCCCCAAGGACAAUCCGGAACGAGCGUUGACACUUGCGGCGAUGGCUACUACUACUUUGGUUCGAUUUACUCUCGAAGAGCGGGAGCAGGACUGGGAAUGCUACCAGAAUAUGCAUCGCGAGUUGGCAUCCAUUAUUGCGACUUCCAAGGCCAUACCCCUUGUUGAUGACUCGAGCUGGGCAGCAUUUCAGCAUGUUGGGCAGUACGCCGGGAGACAUGCAUUAACAAGUAUUUUCCGUCAGUCUCAUUAUAUCCGUCGUGCAGAACAAGACUGGACAGCUAUGCCGGUGGAGAUGAGAAAUCUGGGCCCGGACCUUUUCCUACGACGUCUUGUGGACCCCACUGGGACCGUCGAACAAUUUCUUGUUAACAGUCGGAUUUUGUUGCGUGCAAUUCCGAACGACCCUGGAAACCAACGCUUACGCAUGUAUCAUAUCAGCCGGGUGGCGUGGCGCUGUAGGUCUAAGGUGUUAUCAGAGCCCUGGGAUCCUUCCCCACAAUUUCCACGAGCUGUCCACGACGUGGAGAAGAAGUGGCUGGACCAUGCACCACUGAACCACCCAUGGUUAUUCGCUUAUUACUAUGGGCUCGCAGAUGAUUUAUUCAAGCUGUAUUGCAACUACAUAGAUGCCGAACGCGAGGACGAGGCUCUUGAGGUCCUUAGGGAGAUCCCAAAGAAUUUUGAGAAAGCAGUGGAAUUGCAGACGUUGAUAUGUCACCCGUAUGCAUAUAAAAGCAUGGCAGAUCUUGCUAAUGCAUACAUAUGGCUAGGAGAAACGGACCCAAGUACCCCUCGCCAUACCAUAGACCAGGCGAUCAAAUACGGCGAACUAGCAGUUCAGAAUUGUCCUGCAGGGUAUGCGAACGAGGUUCGGGUCUACGCGGAUGCAUACCUUGUGCGUUAUGCACUCUGGAAUGAUCAAAGUGACAUCGACACCGCGAUGCAGAUAUUCAAGAGGGGGAGUGAAGAUCAGAGGGAGUCAUUGACGGAACGGUACAACCUCGCAGAUCGGUGGGCAGAUGCAGCGGAAGAACAUGACCAUGGUUGCCGCCUGGAUGCGUACAUUUCUCGAGUCAAUCUUCUCAUAGCCAGGCUCUCGGAAGGGUUCAACAUGGCAAGGCUUACAACCACUAUUGAUCUUUUGGGAGGCCCCGCCGUUAUAUCCAGUGCGAUAGAGUUCUGCCUAGAUAGAGGCGCUCUCGAUGACGCGCUGUAUAUCCUUGGAAGAGGGCGUGGUGUACUAUGGGCUCGACUCGUUGAACUCCAGCGACGCAAUGUGCAACUCCUGAGGCGAUCGAAACCGAAUGAAGUGGAAAAAUUGAACAUGAUGCUAGAGGCGGCGGAGAUGGAGAGACAAAUUGAAUCGGCACCGCGCAGUAGUAAAGUCACAAGUAUCGAGCUGUGGAGCAAACCAGUCAUACCAUGGCUCAAUAGUUCAGCCAGGGAGGAUAGGCUCCUCGUCGUUAUCCGUGCACUUGCCGCGGACGCUGUGAGACAAAGCCGGCUCGGGACAGGCUAUGAUACCUCAAAUGAUACAAGAGCGUGGAAGUCUUUCGUCGAUUCGGUUCCCGUAAACAGUUUCCCAGUAGUCGUGCUGAACGCUGCGUCAAGGCGUUGUGACGCGCUGAUUGUUCGUUCGCAGACCAGCAUUGUUGAGCAUGUCUCCCUGCCGCAGUGUAAUCGUUCGCAGCUGGAUGCACUGGUUAAUAGAACGGGUACCCUGUUGGAGGCAGCUGGGAUAUCGGUGCGACAGGCUUCGGAGAUUCAGCGGGGGACGCGGCCAUGGAAGAGGACCCAAGAUUCAUUUGAAGCUGUUCUGGCCGAAGUCUGGAGGAUCAUUGUGGCACCAAUACUGAAUGCACUGGAUCUCAAGGUGAGCGACACACCACCCCGUCUGUGGUGGUAUCCGACGGGACCAUUCUGGCAGAUACCCGUCCAUGCCGCAGGAAUUUAUUCGGGUCCAGAACAAAUCAGCGUCCAGGAUUUCGUCAUCUCUUCUUACCUCCCUGCAUUCAACAUGUCCCAUCGAAUACCUGAACCGAAGAAACACACAAACAUCCUAGCUGUGUAUCAGACGCACACCCCGGGCUUCCCGUCUCUCCCGGGGACGUCCGUAGAAGCCAAGGCCAUCGAAUCAAUAACGGCGAUGUCAAGACCUGAAAUCCUUUUCACUGAGAUUGGGGACUCCAAUACCACUUUGGCUUCCGUUGUCAACGGACUUCCCGCCGCAAACAUCGUUCAUUUUGCCCUCCACGGCCGGCAGGACGACACCAAUCCCCUUGACAGCCAUCUUCUGCUCAACGAGCACGAAACCCUCAAACUGUCUCAGCUCAUGGAGAUGGACCUACCAAAUGCGGAUCUAGUUUUUCUCAGUGCUUGCGAGACGGCGACGGGGCACAAGGUCGUGCCAGAGGAAGUCAUCCACCUUGCGGCUGCGAUGCUCUUCGUCGGGUUCAAGGGCGCUAUUGGGACGAUGUGGAGUAUUUCGGAUAGUGAUGGGCCGAUAGUAGCGGAAAAGACGUACCAAGUUCUGCUUGAGAAACCAGAAUUUGACCCGAGGGAUGCUGCGAGGGCUCUUCACAUGGCUGUAAAGACGCUUCGGCGUCUGAAGGUUCCACCUUUGCGAUGGGUUCCAUUCAUUCAUAUCGGGUUAUGA